UCAGAAUCGGAAAAAAGAAUACUCCUCAAACUCCAUCGUUCCUUCUUUCCCCUUUCAAUUCUCCGUAAUCCCAGACAAACUCACUGCCGAUUCGCUCAAAAAACUUGAUCACAAUCCUCAACCCUAUAAAAAGAAACUCUAAAUUAUCAAAUUUCCCCCCUUUUACAACCCUAAUUCACCUUACUUCUUACAAUCUUGUAUACAUGGUUACUGAUAGCUCCCCCAAUUUCGACGAUGGAGCUGACAUUUUUUCUCCAAUGGUGCCAAGUGAAAGUGAUUCUAUGGUGAUAAAGAGAAAAGAAAUGACAGGUCUUGAGCUCGAAGGGAGCAGAAGGAAGAAAAAGAAGAAGCAAAGUGGUACACCUCGUCCUGCUUGCUCUUGGGUACAUUUUAGCCGUGAAUUCAUCAAGGAGUACAGUGCUUCACAUCCCGAAUCUUCUGGUCUGAAAGUUGCAACAAGAGCAGCUUCAGAUGCAUGGAAAGUGAUGACUUUAGAAGAAAAGUCAAAAUACACGAAACGUGCACGUGAAGUGUGGGAUGACUACUUGAGUUCCGCACCUGCUCGUGAACCUAAACCGAGAAAACAGGCAAACCUAGUGACUCGGUGUUCUCCGGGACGGUUAGUCAACGUGUUGAAACACUUUACAGUUGACCAAAAAGAAGCGGUAAAAAGCAUGGGAUUCGGUAGUCUUCUUGACCUCAAAUGUAGAACUUUGAGACGCAGUCUAUGCCUAUGGCUUCUAGAAAGAUUCAACACAAUACGACGUAGUUUAGAGAUUUGUGGUGAAAGAAUCCCAUUAUACCCUCACGAUGUUGAACUUGUAAUGGGCUUACCAGCAUCCGGAAAAGAUGUGGUCAACUCAGGACCCGAUGACUUAGUUGCAGAAUUAAGACAAAAAUAUAAUGCUUCAAAUCGAGGGAUUUCGGUUAGGUUUCUUGAAGAAAGAUUAGGGCAACCGGAAGCAGGAGAUGAUUUCAAAAGGGCGUUUCUUUUGUAUGUUUUGGGUACCCUUUUGUGUCCAACUGCAAGAUUAGAUGUUAGCCCUUCGUUUCUUCAUCUGUUGACUGAUAUGGAUUGUAUUCAUGAGUAUAAUUGGGCUAAAUUCUUGCUUGAUCGGUUAGUUAGAGAGGUGUCAAGGUUUAGACAAGGGAAACAAAGAGCAGUUGGUGGGUGUCUUUUGUUUCUUCAGAUUUUUUACUAUGAGUGUGUUGCGAUUGGAGGGAGUUGUGAACCAGGUCCUGUUGUUGUUCCAUGUUUAUCGUUGUGGACAGAGGAAGCUAUUUCUGAGAGAGAGAAACAGGAGAAAGAGCUUGGUGGUUAUGGAUGUGGAGAGGUGAUAUGCAAGGAGAGAGGUCUUGGAUUGGGAUUAAUAAAUGACAGGGAUCAUGUUGAUGUCCUCCCAUUAAGAGAAGUCGCUGUUAGAGUUAACCGUGGUAUUCUUGUUCGACAAGAAGAAAAUCUGGAAAACGUACCGUUUGCAUACAAGAACGAGAACACGCCACCUGUCCGAAUCGACAACUACACCUACAAAAACACACUAGAGUACACACACACAAAUCGCAACAUAUACGCAUCCCAAACCACAUGCCCUCUUCUAAACUGCAACUUCACAGGAUUAUUCACAGAAUUAUCAAAUCAUUUCACCACCAAACAUUGGGAUUCCGGAAGGCGAUUCCAGUAUUCCUCCCCAUUACCAGUGUCAUUAGGAAUGGAUGAAACCUUCCUUGUUCUUCAAGCAGAAGAAGAUGGAGCUCUUUUUUUACUCAAUAAAGGAACCGAAAACAUCGGACAUACGGUUAUGGUAACGUGUAUUGGCCCGAGUCACAGUAAUGAGCGAUUCCAUUACUGUCUUGUGUCGGAAAGAGGGAAUAGCACAUUGCGGUUGAAAUCCUUCACACAGACUCUUCCUGGAAGGGUUGAAGGAAUUCCACCUUCGGAUUUUCUUUUGGUGCCUUUUGGGUAUUUGAAUUCAUCUGGGGAAUUGAAUUUGGAGGUUUGUAUAUGGAAUCCUUCGGAUUUAGCUGAAGUUUGAUUAAAAGAAAGAAAAAAAAAAGUUAUUUUUUCGAGAGGAAUCGACUUUUUUAACCAUUGUUUCAGGUUAUGAAAGUUGGUUGCUCUGUUUUUUUUAAUGGGAUUUAGGAAGUGUAUGUAGUAGGAUAUGAAUAUGAUGGUGAAAGAAUGUGAUUUCUUUUUAUAAGUUUGAGGUUAUUUUUGUUUAUCUUAUAGUAAUAGAACAU